AUGUCCUACUUUGUGGGCAGCCAUGCGGUGGAUGAAGGGAUUGCGGAGGACGCAGGCUUUGCCAUCAACGGCGGCAAGGGCUGGUCCGAAGUGGUCUUUGACAACCACCAGAUCAACGUGAUGGGCGAGGUUGCUAUUGCUAUGGGAAACUAUUAUUUCACUAGCUGCGCCGAUGGAAGCAAGACCAAAGAGGAGUACACGUUUGGCUACAAGAAGAAUGCGGACGGCAACGUGC